ACACACACACACACACACACACACACACACACACACACACUGUCACACAUCUCAUGCAUCACACACACACACACACACACACACACACACACUGUCACACAUCUCAUGCAUCACACACACACACACACACACUGUCACACAUCUCAUGCAUCACACACACACACCAGUGAUAUUUUAGAGAUGUGAUCUGAUCGUCAUCAUCUGUCUGGAUUUGAGCAGAGUUUCUCAGGAGCUUCGCAGGAGGUUUCUUGAAGCAGAGACGCAGUUCUUCUGGAUUGAGUCUCAGUUUGUUCUGUUUCUUCAUGUCACUCCAGACAGACUGAUGAUGAUCAGAUCAGACAAAUCUCUCUGGAUUAUUACAAUGAAUGGCUAAAUGAAUGUUUGUAAAUAUAAACUGAUAUUUCCUCCCGACACACUCCAGCAGAAGAUAGAAAUAACUGACUUCAAACCAGUUUUAGCUGCUGAAGAUACUAGUGUUCUGAUGAUUCUGGCCUCCGCUGCAUGAACAUCUGUUGUGUCUCCUCAGCUCCUGUGGAGGUCCGAGAGAGUCCGCUCUGGAGUCUGACCGCAGGAAGUGUGUUCAUCAGCCGCUGGAGCGAGUCGUGUGCUGCUCUGAUCCUGUAACUAACACACAUCACACACUCUUCUCUGAGGAUCAGCACAUAGUGAGAGAUCUCUGGACGAACCGCUGGCGCUGACUGUACUACAGUGUGUUUCAGAGGCAUCGCAUAUUAUGGAAAACUUCUGCGAGCAUCAUAACAGGGAACAGAACAGCAUAUAUUCACAGCUAAACUCAUCGAUCAGCUGUCUGAUGGAAGAACCUCAGGACAACAUUAAGAUCAGCUCACGCUUGAGGUGUGAGCGGCGCUCUGUGUCGGGAUGAUGAUGAUGAUGAUGAUGAUGAAGAUGUGCUCGGUGUGGCCGUCUUCCACAGAGACCCGUUAUACCGCUGACACGGACCCGAUGCUGCCGCUCCUGAGCCGGGCUCUGCUGCUGGCGCUGCUGCUGGAGGCUCCGCAGUCGGACUCAGCGGGCGUCUGCAGGCCGGGCUUCUCCGAGGACCUUUACACCGCAGUGAUGCCUGAGAGAGUUCUGCCGGGCCGGACCCUGGUCACCGUGAAGUAUCUGGACUGUGGCAGAGGAGCUCAUGUGAGGUUUGAAUGCAGUCAGCCUGGAGACUUUGGGAUAUCGGUGGAUGGGGUUGUGUUCGCCCUGCGGCCGCUGCUCCGGUCCGGCUCCUGGACAUCACCUCUGCUGAUUAAAGCCCAGGAUGAAGCCACUCAGCAGCAGUGGCAGACGCAGGUCAGACUGCUUCCAGCCAGAGACCAUCCAGCAACGGAUCCAGAUGUGCUCAGGGGAGAUAUACCAAAAAUAGUGUUUCCUUCCCGUCAGAUAGACAUGUCUCUCAAACGCACGAAGAGAGAUUGGGUUAUUCCUCCUAUUAAUGUGGCAGAAAACUCAAGAGGGCCUUUCCCAAUGAAGCUGGUCAGGAUUCGCUCAGAUAACGAUGAGAAGGUGAGUUUGCGUUACAGCGUGACGGGUCCCGGCGCUGACCAGCCGCCCACCGGAGUCUUCUCCAUUGACCCCACCUCAGGCCUCCUGACGGUCCUCAAGCCACUGGACCGCGAGCACCUGCCCAGCUUCAACUUGAGGGCACACGCUGUGGAUCUGAACGGUAAUCAGGUGGAAAACCCCAUUGACGUCAUAAUCAACGUUAUUGAUAUGAAUGACAACCGACCAGAGUUCAUCCAGCAGAUCUGGAACGGAAGUGUUCCUGAAGGCUCUAAACCAGGCACGUCAGUAAUGACAGUGACGGCGGUGGACAAGGAUGAUCCCACGACUCUAAACGGCCAGCUGCGCUAUAAGAUCGUGUCUCAGAAUCCCAACGUCCCCAGUCCAAACAUGUUCACCAUUAACAACAGGACCGGAAGCAUCAUCACUGUAGCUGCUGGCCUGGACCGAGAGAAAGUGCCUCAGUACACACUGAUUAUUCAAGCCACUGACAUGGAAGGAAACCCCAUGUACGGUCUUUCUAACACAGGAACUGCUGUUAUCACCGUCACAGACGUCAACGACAACCCUCCGGAGUUUACCUCUGAGACCUUCUUUGGCACGGUACCAGAGAACCAGAUCAACGUUAUUGUGGCCAACCUGACCGUAACAGACAAAGACCAGCCCAACACAGGAGCGUGGAAGACCGUCUACAAGAUAACAGCCGGUGACCCCAUGGGCCAUUUCUCUGUGCCCACUGAUCCCGUUUCUAAUGAAGGCCUGGUGACUGUCGUCAAGCCCGUUGACUAUGAGAUCAACAGAUCAUUUGUGCUGACGGUGGUGGCUCUAAAUGAGGUUCCUCUGGACAAAGGCAUCCGUCUGCCCCGUCAGUCCACGGCCACCGUCUCCAUUCGUGUCACGGAUGUCAACGAGAGCCCGUAUUUCCAGCCCAACCCUAAAGUGCUCCGACUGCAGGAGGGCAUGCCGGCCGAGUCUGAGAUCACGGCCUUCACCGCUCAGGAUCCAGACCGCUUCGAGCAGCAGAGCCUCAGGUACAGCACACUGUCUGACCCUGCGAACUGGCUGAGAAUCGAUCCCAUGAGCGGACGGAUCACAACCAUCACUGUUUUAGACAGAGAGUCUCCGUUUGUUCAAGACAAUAUCUACACGGCUAUGUUCCUCGCCAUUGACAGCGGGAUUCCUCCGGCCAGCAGCACCGGGACUCUGCAGAUCCUUCUCCUGGACAUGAAUGAUAAUGCUCCGGAGGUGUUCCCGCCAGAGGCAGAGAUGUGUGAAAAACCUGAGAACAACGGCAUUAAUAUCACAGCACUGGAUGCAGACAUGGACCCCAACGCUGGACCCUUCUCCUUUGAGCUGCCUUUACAACCCAGCGAUGUCAGGAAGAACUGGACAAUCACGCGUCUCAGUGGUGAAUAUGCACAACUCUCUCUUAAGAUUGACUUUCUGGAGAGUGGAAUCUAUCAGAUUCCCAUUAUAAUCACAGACUCCGGUGACAUGCCGCUGUCCAACACCUCGUAUCUGCGAGUGAAGGUGUGUCCGUGUGAUCAUAACGGCGACUGCACGGAUCAGGAGCGCCUCAUGAGCGCUGGACUCGGCACAGGAGCGAUCAUCACCCUGCUGCUGUGCGUCAUCACCCUCCUCAUCCUUGUGUUGUUGUUUGUCAUGUGGAUGAAAAGGAGAGAUAAAGAACGGUUGGCCAAGCAGCUGCUGAUCGACCCAGAGGAGGACAUAAGAGACAACAUCCUGAAAUAUGAUGAAGAGGGAGGAGGGGAGGAAGACCAGGACUAUGACCUGAGCCAGCUGCAGCAGCCAGAUAUAGAGGCUGAUGGCUUCAAGGGCCUCGGCAUCCGUCGGAUGGAUGAGAGACCCCUGCACCCUGAGCCCCAUUACCCCGUCAGAUCCACCGCACCUCAUCCUGGAGAUAUUGGAGACUUCAUCAGCGAGGGUCUGAGGGCUGCUGAUAAUGAUCCUACUGCUCCACCGUACGACUCCCUCUUAGUGUUCGACUACGAAGGUAACGGAUCUACUGCAGGAUCGCUCAGUUCCAUCAACUCCUCUAGCAGUGAUGGAGACCAGGAUUACGAUUACCUCCACGACUGGGGUCCUCGCUUCACCAAACUAGCUGACAUGUAUAGUGGAACAGACGAGUGAAAGACAAGCAGAAGGAGCGCCACGGCUUUGUUCCUCGUUUCACAGAUGCAGAUAUGGGUUUAUAUGUAUCAAUACAAGCAAACACAAGUUUCCAAGGCUAAAUGUCCAGGCUUAAAGUAAUAGUACAUAGAUUGUAGAGUAUGAUACAUGCUCGGCUACACUUGAACUUUACAAUAUAGAAGCACAGGGAUUUAAUGUGCCUUUUUGUACAUUUUUGUGAUCUGAUUGAUUUAUGUUCAAGGCUUUAAUUAUACUGACUUGAGGAGUGAUUUUGAGACUUCAGGAUGUGUUCAGCUAUGAAACAAAUGAUCAUGCUUUUCUCUUUUGGUUACAAACUGUAUUUCAAAAAAAAUAUUUAACUCAUUUUUGUCACAAAGUGAAGAUUCGCUGGCAGAACAGACAAAGUGUACACUAUGCAGUUCACUAGAUUCUUAAGUAAAAUAUUUUGUUCAACAACAAUUUAACAUAUGCACAUAGUUUGAAAUAAAAAAGAGAUAUAACUUAAACAUUUGUAACUUUCCUACAUUAAUUACUGUUGCAUUGUACACAUGCUGUUGCUACACAGUAAAGAAAAUGUGCUUUAUGCAUUAAACAAAUAGAAUGUAUUUCUGAAUGA